GCCACAUCCCUGCCCUCUGAUGACAUCCUUCCACCCUGGGGCUUGGCAGGAUGGAGACCAUGGAUACCCCCAUCCCCAUCCCUGCACUGGCCACGGAGCCCCGGUUUGCCCAGUGCCUCAGGGAGCAUCUGGAAGCGGAGCAGCUCCUGGACAAGCGCUACCAGCUGCAGGAGGUGCCGGGGGGCCAUGUGGCACUGCCCGUGCUGGAGGAGAAGCUCUCCCUGCUGAGCCUGCCGCAGGAGAUGCCCUGUGGGCUGGUCCGCAUCCAGGAUCCCAUCCCCUCCAGGGCACUCCGCCGGCGGACGCCUGCCCAGAGGCUGCGGGAUGAGCUGCGGCGGCUGCUGGGCGAGAGCUGGUCGGAGGAGCUGGAGCGAGAUGUGCCCCGCGCCUGGCAGCGCCAUGGGGACCUGGUGCUGCUGAGCGAGGACAGCCUCAGCGCUGCGCCCUGGGAGCAGCUGGGUCCGGUGCUCUGGGAGACGGUGGCAUCAGCGCUGGGGGCGCGGCGGCUGGCCAGGAGAGGACGGGUAUUGCCAGGCGGGAUGCGGUCCCCCAGUGUCACCCUGCUGCUGGGCCAGGACCCCUGGGUGGAGCACGUGGACAAUGGGAUCAGGUACACGUUUGAUGUGACCAAGUGCAUGUUCUCCCCGGGCAACAUCACGGAGAAGCUGCGGGUGGCAUCGCUGCCCUGCGCUGGGGAGGUGCUGGUGGAUCUCUAUGCAGGCAUCGGCUAUUUCACCCUGCCCUACCUGGUACACGCAGCAGCCGCCUUUGCCCAUGCUUGCGAGUGGAACAGCCACGCCGUGGAGGCCCUGCGGAGGAACCUGGUGCUGAACGGCGUGCAGGACCGCUGUCGUGUGCACCACGGGGACAGCCGGGAGCUGGAGCUGCGGGACGUGGCGGACAGGGUGAACCUGGGGCUCAUUCCCAGCUCGGAGGAGGGCUGGCCGGUGGCGUGCCGCGUCCUCAAGAAGGCCACGGGUGGUGUUCUCCACAUCCAUCACAACGUGGAGUCUGUCCCAGCGGGAUCCAGCUCUGAUGGAGAAGCACAGCACCCAGCGGAGAGUGGUGGCAAGGAGAAGCAGAGGGCCAGGAUCAGACCAGAAUGGAAGAGAUGGGCUGAAGCCACAGCAUCACGGAUCCGGGGGCUGCUGGCAGAGCUGCAUGGGCAGGCGUGGAGCACCAGCAUCCUGCACAUUGAGGCGGUGAAGUCCUAUGCACCCCAUGUGCAUCACCUCGUGCUGGACCUCCAGUGCCGGCCAGCACUGCCCACAGAACCCACUGCCAGCUCCCCCGUCACCCCAGAUCCCACAGGACGGUGAUGCUGGAGCACGGGUGGUGGGAGAUGCCACCACUGCCUGCUGAUAGCUUGGCUGUGCUUUGCAUCCCCUCAUUCCCAACGGCAGUGCCUUGCGGCGGCACCAGAGGAUGCACUCACAUGGGAUGUCCCUCCAGGAGCCAUAUCCAGGCUGAGGAUGGAGCAAGUUGGAGCUGAGAGCACUCCAGUCCUGCCCAUCACUGCCUUGGACUCAUAGUGGCACUUCCAGUUCCAUUUUCACGCAGGAGAGAGCCACGGGGUAGAAUAAACCCUGGAUUCCUGCUGCUUUUCAUUUCAGCAAGUCAGGGACAGGCAUUGUGUCUCCAUUUACCAACGUGCUUUUUCAGUGUACUGAAACCAGGUCUGUUCAUCUCGGUUUCUUCUCACCUUUCUGCAGAAAUAAGGAUGUUUCUUA